AUGUCUCAGGAUCCUGAUGUUCUGGACACCUGGUUUUCUGCUGGCCUUUUUCCCUUGUCUGUGCAGGGGUGGCCCGAUGAUAUUGAAGACUUUUUGUCAGACUUCUGUUCUCGAAACUGGACACGGCAUUCUCUUUUUUUGGGUUGCUCGAAUGGUGAUGUUUCUAGAAAGUGGAAUAACCCUUGGAGGACUUCACGAGCAACUGCUGGAGGGGGUAAUGUUAUUCCUGAAUGUGGUGCAGAUGCUUUGCACUAUUCCCUUGUCUCUUACACAGCCAAGUCUGAUAAAAUAAAUUUGGAUAUCCAAAGGGUUGUGGAAUGCUAUAAGAUGCAACUAGUGCAGUAUAUUCAUGGUGGCAUUAGGAAUUAUGUGAUGUUUUGCAUCUGUAAGAAGAUUGGUUGUGUUGAGCAAUGUGAGAAGACUGGAUGUCUGGGGAGCAAAUGCGUCCAACACUGCAAGCUUCUUCUGAUAUUUAAAACCCCACUAAUGGUCCAUGGUAUCUACAAGAACCACUCUAUUUACGUUGGAAACAAUGGGGCUGCCACAGUGACUGUCGAUACCACUGUAUGCUUGUAA